AUGUUAACAUCUUUAUGGUCAUUAAAUACUCGUUUAAAUUCUCUUGUGUGUUUAACUCUUUCGAGAAGUGACAAUAUAUCGAAUACAGGUAUUCUUAUUACACAAGGUUUGUCUUAUAAUAAAUGUUCUUCAAUAUUAUUUCCAUUGAUUUUAACUUCAUCAUCUCUUUGUUCUUCUAUUCAACGUAUUCAUUUUGAUGAAACAAAUUCAAGCGUUUGUGGCCUUAUUUAUGAAUGGUUGUUUAAUGAGAAAAAAAUUCUUAAUUUUCCUAAUCUUAAAUCGCUUAUUCUUACUCGAUGCGGAUCAAUUGAACCAAUAGUUCACUGUUUAUCUUAUCUUAUUGAACAUCAAUUAGAUGAACUUACAUUAACAUUUGAUAAGCAAGUGUUCCAUCGGUAUUUUUAUGAAAGAGAACAUCCGUCAUUAGUUACUAAUAUAGGUAAUUUAUCUUUUAUUUCAUAG